AUUCAGUUCUAUAAAGCCUCAGCUUAGACCCUAUGCUUCUUAUCUCAUAGAGAGCUUUGUCUAUGCCACGAAAAUGUCUUCUACUCUUACCCUAUUGUUUGUUAAUUUCAUCCUCCUAUGUGCCACAACAUUAGCUUCCGAUCCCGACCCAAUUCAAGACUAUUGCUUACCGAAUCUGAAAUCCGGUGCAUCAAGAACAGCCCACCUCACCAUCAUCCCAUGCAAGAACUCGUCUGAGGCCACCACCGAUGACUUCGUCUUCUCCGGAAUGAAGGUACCCGGGAACUUCACCGACACGGGCCUCGCGGCCAUCUCGGUGAACCCGACAAUCUUUCCAGGGAUCAACACACUAGGGAUGUCAUUUGUAAGAGCUGAUCUCAAGGUGGGUGGAAUCAAUCCACCACAUUUCCACCCAAGAGCCACAGAAAUAGCAUAUAUAGUGCAAGGGAGUGUUUAUUCUGGGUUUGUUGAUUCUACAAAUAGGGUUUUCGCUAGGGUAGUUGAGCAAGGAGAGGUCAUGGUGUUCCCCAGGGGUCUAGUUCACUUUUUAAUGAAUGUCGGCAAGAAGCCAGCUACAGUAUUUGGAAGCUUCAAUAGCCAAAAUCCAGGAAUGCAAAAGAUCCCAGCGGCUAUUUUUGGGUCUGGUAUAAAUGAUAAGCUCUUGGAGAAGGCAUUUGGAUUAAGUCCUAAGCAGAUUGCUCUGAUGAGAAGAAGAUUUGGGUGAGGUAAGAAGUGCCCUAUGGUAGGGCACUUUGGUCAGUUGAAUUGCAUUAUAAGUUGGUUUUGCCCCAUGAUUAAAGUACUUUUAUUUAAUGUACCUUGUAUUGAUAAUGUAGAGGAAAUCAAGAAAUUAAUUGAUGAUUUGAAUGCAGGAA